GACAUCACAGCGGAGGAGCGGGGUUACGGAUCCGGAGCCACGCCAGUGUGUGUCUGCGCGUUCCAUUGUUACAGAUCAGAGACCAGAAGGGAGGGACCCGCUUUUCCCGUGCUGAUGCUCCAAGGAGACUCCAGUUCUUCCCCCCAGUCGCAGCAAAAUCUCGGUGCCAAAGAGUCCCCCCGGCCGCCGCCAGCCCGCUCGCUCCCGCGCUCGGUGCCCGGGGAGUGCCUCCCCCUUGCUCCUGGCGGAGAGAAGCAAAGACAUGGAGCUUUGCAACUUGCACCAAGCUGGGACCAUCUGAUCGCAGCAACGUGGACUGGAAAUUAACAAGCCCUUUCCCCUCUUUGCACAGCCCGGCCGGGCGGCGGGGGAAGAGAUCCAGCCUCCUGCGUGGUUGCCUUGGGAUUUGUUCCCCGGUGAAGGGCUCCGACCUGCCCCCAGGGUCCGGAGGGGGAGGCGGUGAAGGGGAGCAUGACCUGUCCUCCGCCUGGUUGCAGGGAUCGGCGGUGCUAAGGGAGAGAGCUCUGCCCCUGAGGACGUGGUCGCCGGAGGACGAAGGAGAGCUCCCCGCUGGGGGGAAAAAAGCCGGGUCCGGGCUCCCUCUUGGAGCAAUUUUUGCAGCCCCAGAAGGGAGGCUGCCCGCGACAAUCGGUGGAUUUUUAAGGGGCCCCUGCACAGCCUGCCCCGCCAGAUUUGCUUGGUGCGCCCGCUAUUUAUUGCCCCUGCCUGGGUCGUGUUUGUAUUUUCCUUUGCCAUUUUUUUUGGAAGGGGGGUGGGGUGCAAGCCCAAGCCAGCAGCUCGCCUGAACCCCCGCGUCGCGCCCGGUCCCCCUGAGUAAGGAACUCUGAUGGCUCCGCACCGGCGGUCGAGUCGCCCGGGGUGCUGGUGGACUACUGGAGUUUGCUUGCUGGUGGCUUCCCUCUUCCCAGGGCUCCGGGCUCAGACCGUCCUGGUCAAUGACACAGUCUCGGGGUUCAUCGGGACGGAUGUGGUCCUUCACUGCAGCUUCACCAACCCGCUCCCCAGUGUGAAGAUCACGCAGGUCACGUGGCAGAAGGCCACCAAUGGCUCCAAGCAGAAUGUGGCUAUCUACAACCCUGCCAUGGGAGUCUCCAUCCUCUCCCCCUACAAGGAGCGCGUGACCUUCCGUAACCCCUCCUUUAAGGAUGGCACCAUCCAGCUGUCCCGGCUGGAGCUGGAGGAUGAGGGCGUGUACAUCUGCGAAUUUGCCACCUUCCCAACCGGCAACCGGGAGAGCCAGCUGAACCUCACCGUGCUGGCCAAGCCCACCAACCGGAUGGAGAGCACCACCCGGCCCCUCGUAGCCAGAUCCGGCAAGACGGAAAAGAUCUUGGUAGCCACCUGCAUGUCCUCCAAUGGGAAGCCGCCCAGCACCGUCACCUGGGACACCAAGCUCAAAGGGGAGGCGGAGUUCCAGGAGAUCAAGAACAGCAACGGCACCAUCACGGUGAUCAGCCGGUACCGCCUCGUGCCGAGCCGGGAGGCCCACCGGCAGCAGCUCAUGUGCGUGGUCAAUUACCAGCUGGACCGUUUCACCGACAGCAUGACCCUCAAUGUGCAGUAUGAGCCAGAAGUCACCAUCGAGGGCUUUGACGGCAACUGGUUUUUGAACCGGAAGGAUGUGAAACUGACGUGCAAAUCCGAUGCCAACCCCCCCGCUACCACCUACCAAUGGAGGCUGCUGAAUGGCUCACUGCCCGAGAACGUAGAAGUCCAGAACAACACCCUCUUCUUCAAAGGACCCGUCUCCUACAGCCUGGCAGGGACAUACAUCUGUGAGGCCACCAACACCAUCGGCACGCGGUCGGGGCUCGUGGAAGUCAAUGUCACAGAUAAGCCGCUGCCGCAGGGACCCCCAGGGGGCAUUAUCGGGAUCCUGGGGGGCGUAAUUGCUGCGGCUCUCAUCAUCGGCGUGGCCGUCACUGUGUUCAUCAUCUACAGGCGACAGCAGAAGAGCCGCACGGAGACCGACAAUGACCUAAUUGAUCUGCCUCCGUCCCACAAACCUGCCCCGCCACCAAAGAGGAAACAGGAGAUGAAAAGCCACCUGACGGCAGAAGACAUCCAGGUCGUCCACCUAGACAACAUGAAGCAGGAGGAAGAGAUCCAGAAGCUCCCUCUGCAGACGCCGUACUACGACAUGGCAGCCAGCGAGCCCUCUCCGUACUCUGACAAGCUGAAUUCGGGCACCAAGGACUGUGAUGUCCACUAUGCAGAGCUGGACACAUCCGCUCUGGCCUCGUCACCCAGCCCCCGGAGCUCCAUCCAAGCUGGCGGAGACCUAGUCGAGUAUGCAACCAUCCAGCCUAACUUACGCUAGCGCAUGCCACUCUAGGCCUUUCCCCUAAGAUUCUGGCCUCAAGAAUGAGGAUCAAGGUCUUCGUAGACGUAACGAGCGAAAGCGGACAGUAAGUUUCUGGGUGGUUUUUUUUUUAUCCUUUUGGUUCCGCUGUCAGUUUGGUGCAGGCGGGCGGUGCUGGGUCGUCAGCCACAGACACUGGGUGCCUCUAUCCAACAGACGGGGAAAGCACAGGUCACAGCCAGCCACCCCACACAUACCACGCCAACCCAGCCCUCCCCUCGGGGCAGGGUGCAGUGCCGACUCCAUGGUCCAUUCACCUCGGCCUCCCCGCUGAGAUGGAGAAGGAGGCUGAUUAGUGCCACUGGAGUGAUGGGCUUGGACCACCCACCCUCUGGGCUGAGGCAAGCCAACUCAUCCCACGCAGGGCACCAGACAGCCUUCCCUACCAACCCAGGCUGGGUUCUCGACGGCCAGCCGGAAGGCUCCGUGUCCCACCCCAGGCCCCUCAGCUACCAUUACUGGGAUGGAAGGUGGGCUGGGCCUCCUGAAUCCAGCCCUGCCCUGGUGCUGUAGGGAUAGACUGGGUCCCAGCAGGUUAUACAGCAACCACCGAGGCUGACAUGCAGAGGGCUCCACUGCCCGGGAUUUCUUAGGGGCUGGCAUCAACAGGCAACAGAGAAGUUGCCUUUAAUCAGAACCAGCCUCCCUUGCUGUGGCACGUUUCCUGCUGGGCCGUUGGUCUCACAGUGGCAGAGAUCUGGGCGUGAUAUGCUCUAGGCUGGCCCAGUAAUAUUGCAUGUCUCUCCCCCUCUGAGGUGCCUCCACCCUGUAUCCCGCUCCCACAUGGCCCACACUGGGUCCUGCGUUCCCUCCCGUGUGGUGCUCCACACCAGACCCUGCUUCCCUCCGACAGUCACUGGCACACUGCACAUCGUGUGGGCUCACCAGGGUCCCUGUGACCUGCUGGGCUUCACAUCUCUGACGUGCUCCUCACCAGGCUGGGGUUCGCACUUUGACACAGACCCCCCUGGGGACAUGAGCCUCGGCCCCUUCAGGUCACCUCCAGGCAGAGCCAUGUCUCCGUGCCGGGUGGCUGGCCUCAGUGUAUUCCUCCCUGCUGGCUCCUAGCUCCCACACUAGCAUGCCAUGCUGGACAUGGCAUCUCAUUCCAGCAUGCCCUUUGUCAGCCAUUCCUACAGCACCUGAUCCAAACCUGUUCUUCCUACAGGCUCGAGAGCCCUAUUGGAGGGGCAGGCGAGAUCCAUGCUGCAUAGUUCAGGGGGCCAAACCCAUCCCCGGUGAAAUGAGCAGAGCUGAAUUUUCACCCUCUGAUACUAUCCACCCUUUGCAGCUUCCGAAAGGCAGCUGCAGGCUAAGCAUAAUUUCCCCUUCAUGAGGGGCUGGCAGGCAGAGGGCAAACUAGUGAGAGAUUCCACUGUGGACCCCUGCUCUUCUUCCCCUCUGCUGAACUGUGCUCCUAACUCUGACCCCCCACCCUUGCAAGGCCUGGCGUGUUAUAGCUACACUCUGCAGGGAGCCCAGGAAAAGGUGAGAGGUUUGAAAGCAGAGAUCUACCCACCCUUUCCCAGAGGAUUCUUGCUCUGCAACAGGAGGCUGUUCUCAGAGCUAUAAACAAGGCAAGCAUUCCCUAAUCCAUCUUGGGAGGUCUUGCCUUUUCUUCCUGGGGUGGGAGAUUUUAUCGCCAGCGCAAGGACAGUAAUCCGCCAAAUCCAAAUUUGGAAAGCCUCCUGGUUUCUCUGAAGGAAAAAUAAAGCCGGUCAUAUGGUGCUUUGAAAGUGUAAUCUCACUGCAGCAAAAUCUCCCCACUCAGACACAGCAUAGGCUGGAGGGUUCACUUUUGAUGCUUUUAUUAAAAAAAAAAAAUUCUCCUGCACGUUGAGAAUUUCCCGUCCCGUCUCUGUUGUGUGGAUGGUUCAGAUCAUGAGACAGAUUCCAAGACCCCGAUGUGUCUGGAGGAAAUUAAACCAGGAGGCAGACUCCCAGCCCUGCUGUCCAAGUACCAGCAGGCCCAGAGAUGUGCCAGAACCAGAACCUCAAAUGUGAACCCCUUCAUGGUUAAAGGGGUUGGAUUUGAAUCCACAGAUCCAGACUGCAUCCGAGAAGAGUAGAAGCCAGUUUUCCAGUUCUGUUUUAAUAAUAAUAUCUAGCUUUGAUGGUGCUUUUCACCAGUAGAUCUCAAAGUGCUUUAGCAAUUACCACUAGUCCUAUUCUACAGGUGGGGAAACUGAGGCACGGAGCUGCACAGUAACUUGCCCAAGGUCACCCAGCAGGCCAGUGGCAGAGUUAGGAAUCCUGGUCUCCUGAGUCCCCAACCAGUGCACUAGCCACUCCUGCUGUUUGGAUGCAUUCAAAUGGAUCAUGAUACUUCAGCACCAUCAAACCCCAAACCCCUGCCCCUAUUGAGCGCAGGCCUUUCGUUUCCCAGAAUUACCUGCGCUCUGCACCCUUUUGGGGUCCCCCUUGCCUUUACGUUCAGAAAUGUUGUACACCAGAAAUCCAGACUCUCAGCAGCAACAGUGACCUUGGGCAAGUGACUUAGGCCCCGGUUUUUUAAGGUAAUUAGUUGCCUAACUCCCGCUGAAAUCUGGGCCUCGUUCACCACCUUUUGAGUGGGGUUAAUAGCCCUGCCCUGACGCCCAAUCCAUUAGGGCACGGGAGGCAGUCAGGUACUGCAGCAAUGGGGCCAGAUGAAUACCAGUGCGAGAGUUAGGGCUGGUCUAGGCUGAAAACUGACAUUGGCCUAGCUUCAUCAUUCAGGAGUGUGACAAAUCCAAACGCACAUCCCAAGAGACAUAGCUAUGCUGACCAGCUCCCCGUGUACACCGUGCUCGGUGAAGGGAAGAAUUCUUCUAUCCACCUAGCUACCACCUCUGGGGAGGUGGAUUACCUACGCGGAUGGGAGAACCCCUCCCAUCUCUGUAACAAGGGGCUAUGCCGCAGCGCUCCGGCAGCAGAACUGCUGGCUGUAGGAUUUUAAGUGUAGACCAAGCCUCGGCAAGGAAUCCUGCAGCGUUAAGCUUCCUGCAUGAAUAAUUUGUGUGUGCUUCUCCUUGUGGGUCUUGGCCCCUCCUAACCAAACCUCAGAUCCACCCUCUGGGUCUGGAGCCAAGAGCCCAAAGUCUCUGCCUGGAGAGAAUCAAUUGCUCAUGAGAGCCCAGUUCUCUCGAUCCCAGCCCCUCUCCCUGAUCCUUGCAGCUAUUACUCACGAUAUACCCGGUGUGGUGAGCAAUCAGGUUGCUCCAUGAUAGAUAAGACGUCAAAUGAGCAGCAGCGCUGUGAGAAUUAGCUAAAGUCUGUGCAGCACUUUGAAGAUGAAAAGGGCUAUAAAAGUGCUGAGGAGUCAGUUUAUAAACACAGUGGGGAAACUGAUACUAGACGCCAGUACUUUGAGUUUCCCAGUGCUUUCAGUAAUUCUUAUGGGUAAGGAUACUAUACAGUGUGUGUAGCAGCCCUUGCUAGUGGCUUGUCCACUACAGGGCAACAGACUUCUCCUGCUAUGGGUUAUUGGAGCGGCUGCUUCAGUUUCAAUUGUCUGCAGAUCCUGGGGUUCAAAUCCUGCUCAUAAUUUAUGAGGAGAUUGUUAGAAAAGUAGACCUGAACUCUCGUCAACCUCAGAUGGUCUAGAGUAGCUGCCAGCAAAGGGGAAGCCACUCACAUUCUCGCAAAGGAUAUUUAUUGCAUCUGUCCCUUUGUCUAGUCAUGGUUGGCCCCAUAGAGGAUAACAGCCUCGGGCUAAUGCAGCUAGUCCAUUAGCUCCAAUAGUAGUUAAUAGCGCAGAAGGUCCUGUGUUCAAAUCCUACUGCCGGGGAGCGUUCCAAGGCAGUUAGUGAUAAUGUUUUGGGUAAGACCAGGUGGCAUGGAGCCCUUUCCAGAUAUUCCCCCCUUGUAAUUCUGUCUUUCCUGCUUCUGAUUUUCACGGAAAUGAAGUUAACAAAACAUCAAGAUCUUGGCCAAUAUCUUUUCCCCUCCCAUCCCCUCCUUCACCCUGGUUAGAAUUCAUCCCUGGCUAUGGAUGAGCAGAUUUAUUGGUGAUUACCAGGUCACAAGGGGAAAACAAUUCACAGCACUAAUAACUAUGCUUAAGGAGUGACUUUCAGAAGCAAGAAGAGCUCCAAAGUGGGGCGGGGGGGAGAUGGUUGAACUAGAGUCACUGAGAAACUGAAUUAGAGCAUGUUAAUCAAACAAAGACAGUUUAAUAAUAAUCCACCGGGCUGUUUGAAAUGGAUGGCUUUUUGACACCCUACUUAAUCAGUUUCUUUAAAAUGAUUUAAAACAAAUAUUCCCAGCUAACAUAAGUGUUAUAUGGAAUUGCAUCAGAGGUGAAGGCGGGGAGAGCAGACACAAGAGGUGGGGGGGGGGGGGGAAUUCAUGUAGUAGCUAAAUUUAAUUAGCCAUAAUUUCAUUUCAAACUUUGUUGGAGGUAAAUAAGGUUGCAGAAAAGUCACAGAGGGACAAGGGAGAGAUUCAAAGGGCACUGGCUGUCAGAGCUGUUAAUAAACACAGGGUGUGUGCAAUCCCCUUCCUUCCUGCUGCUUGAAAGUGAGCAAAGUGGGGACCAGGCUUGGCUUCUGCACUCACAGGCUUAAGGAAGGUGCGAGGGCACAGGGAAUGCUUUUUCCUCCCCUAAGCUCCAAAAUCUCGUCUGCCCUGCUGUGGUCAUUCAGUACCAGUGCACAGUGCUACCAAGGCAGGGUGGCAGUGUUCUUGCACCCACCUUGCUCAGGUGGAGAGGCUGCCACAAAGUGAUCACCUACACCUGUGCACAAUAGCACACAAUGCUGCCUGAGUGCCCACGGCACCACGUGCAAUGCACAGCUCAGCCUGGGAGCAUCUCACACCAGGAUAAAUGACAGUGCAAGCUGCAGGGCAAUGGCAAAUUGGGCCCAAUGAGCCCGGUAGUGGAGGAACAAGCCCUGUAACCUGGUCAUCUCUUGCAGCCCUAUUAAGUAUUGGUAUUUCUAGUGAUGGGCAAUAGCCAGCACAUUUCAAUCUGCAGUAAGAAGCCCCCAGUUUUCAUGGGGUUGAUUUAGGCCCACCUCCAUGGUUUUCCAAGGGUCUUUGCAGCAGAUCCAUAAAGAUUUCCCACUAUAACUCAGGGCCCUAGCCAUGGGCUACGUCUCAGGAUCCCUGCUCCGGGCUCCAUCACAAUAGUUUUGGUGGCCUUGUACUAGCCAAUUACUGAGGCCACAGCACUGGCCUUUCAGCAUGGUUCAGGUUCCCUAAAUCAGACCCUCAUUGGUCCUUGGGAUCCUUCCCCAGGUUAUUAGCAUUUUGGGGUGUAUCCCCAUCAGCUCCCCUGUGUUUCUCCGGGCGCAAUGCUCAGCUGUGUUGUGUUCCAGUGUCUUCCUGCAUCUCCCAAACUGGCUCUAGCUCAGCUCCAUCCAGAUAAGACCCAGUUAAGGAAGCAGGUUUCUAAUGUCUCUGCUGUGCUAGGGUAAGCCACUCCUUUGCACUAUGCCUGUCACCCAGCAUGCUAAUGAAUCCCUUUGCAUGCCCAGUUCUGACAUACUCAUUUGCACGGAGCCUUGCACCCUACUCCAGCACAAACCCCUGGGGCACACAUGAUGCACAACUCCGGAUGGGAUUAAUAUUAUAGACCUCCUUGCCCAUAGUUCCAGGGUUGGGUCUGCCACUGCACACCUGCCCACGCACUGGGAGGUGGACUCCCUUACUACAAACAUCCACAUUCUGGUAAGGUGGGCAAACCCUGACCGCUUCUUGGCUGGGAAGGGGUUAAUAUCCUUGCUCAGAGAGGGAGUUCUGCUUCAAAAAAACAUAUUGGGUCAGCUGGCAGGCAUGGAAGCAAGUGCCUUCCAGGUAAGGCUGAUCAAGGGUGCUCAGCAGCAAGUGCAAAGACUGAUUAAUGACCCUGGCUAUAAAGAGGGAGGAGACAAGGCCUGCUCUCCCUUUACGUAGUGGGAGGUGGAUAGGUUGGGUUCUGAGUCCUGAGCAGUUAUAGGUAGGUGAGGGAGCUAGCUUGAGAUAGGAACAUGUUCUGUAUAAGCUGAAGAAUUGCUUAUUUGAUUAGCAAUAGUUCUCCCCUGGCAGCUGCUCUCAGUCCCUGCUGCAUGAAUGCUUGAGAUCUGUGUGAGAACAACCACCUUUGUGUAGAGACCUGCUGCACCCCUGUGUUUGCCCUGGUGGUACAGAUGCUGAGCCCUGGGCUGGGUGUGAAUGUCCCUGUCCUGUAGGCUGGGGUUCUAGUCUUUCAAUAGUGACUGACACCGCCACAGAAAGGGCACCACAACUUCCAUAGGGCUGCCUGCCAGACCGUGUGGGGCUACAGGGGGUCCACUGAAGCUCAGGGGCACUUUGUGUAGCAAACCUAAAUGGACUUGUAGCAAUUAAGGCUUGAUUAUAUGAUCCUAGCCAUCUUCUGACAAAAACAGGAUUGUUCCCUACAGCGCAUUCCCUAGCGCUUUAAAUGUCUCAAGCAACAGGAUUCCUCUCCUUCUGCAGGGGAGGCUAUUGCACAGGCUGACUGGUUUUCCUGAUGUUCAGCAUAAUCUUCCAUCCCUUAAUUACAGCCCAUUACUCCCAGAAGCUCCCCACCAGCACCCACCCCCUUUCCUGCCACUCCCUGGCCCCUGAAAUUACCUGGAGAACAUGCAGCUCUCCAGAUUAUUUGCUGCCUCGUGCAUUAGUUCAGCUUUGUAGAGCCAUCAAUAAAUCAUUAGCGACAUUUUGUUUUCUGGAUAUAUAUAUUAUUUUUUUAAAGCAGCCUGGUGAAAUAUUUAUCUGGGAGCUGGCAGAGAGAGGGCUGAGGGGCUCUUUCUGUUCCUUCAGGCUUUUCCUCUUGAGGACCCAAAUCCUAGCACCAAAUGGAACCAUUUGGGGGACUUCCAACCUGUGGCAAGGGAGGGGGCCAGGAAAAAGUUGCAUUUCAGUCAGGCCGAAAGCAAAGCCCAUGCAUAAAAAAUGAUCGCAGGCUGUUUUCUUCCUGGAGAGGAGAAUGUUCCUUUAAUCUACGAUGCUGCAUUAUUUCAUGGGAGUGUUGUGUUCUGGUUGCUAUGGGUUAUAGAUCCUACUGGUUCACCAGACAGGCAGAGGACUGUCAAAAAGAUAAUUGAGGAUGCUUGAAAACCCAAAGGAUCAUAAUUGGUAGGCUGGCCUGGGCUGCUUCCUUGACCCGCUCCCGCCCUUAGCAGCUCAGCCUAAAACAAGGUGGAAAAACCCUUGGAGAUAAUCUGCCAAUAGUGUAAGCAGCAUUGAUCUCUCUUCCCCUCUCAUUACCUUGUCCUGAUUUCCCCUGCCUAAACAGAGAUGGGAUUGGGGAAAAGGGAGGAGGAUGAGCCAGCCUUUGCAUGAAUGGGUGUGUGAUAUGCAUGCUUCGUGGAUACAGGUGUGCCUGCCAGUGAAUGGCUCCUUGUCUGGUGCUACAGAUAAGUGCAUCCAUUUUGCAACAGCUUUAAGAGAACACGGGCCAGGGUGCUCAAUAUUUGAUCUGCCUUCCUAGGAUCAGAACCACACAGGGACCCUCCCCCAGCUGAUAAUGCUCUGUUGUAUUCCAAACCUCAAUAGAACAGGGAACAAUUAAUUUGGAUAAAAGAGGCUUCAGACAAGUAAAGGGCUUAAGUCUAUAUCUAAUUUGUGUUGUAGUAGCACUGGGGGCCCCAAUCAGGGAGCAGGACCCCAUUAGACAACCCUUGCCCCCCAUUGACAAUCUACUAACUAAAUGAGGCUAUGGAACAACAGAGAUUGGACAGUUCAAGAUUUGACCGUGUUGUUUUUCAAUGCACGGUGGUGUGUUUGAGAGAAAGAAAGCCCUCGGUUUUUGGUGUGUGACACAUCAAAACUGGCACAUCCACUCUCUUGAGUGCCUUUCAGCAAAUCAGGUAGCCAGGAAGAACACUAUCCCCAGGGAGCUAACCCUUGGAGGGAAGACCAAAGCAGGAGUAGGGCCUCUUGAGCCCCAAAUGUAGCAGAUAAGCCAGUCUUUGCCUAAUAGGAAAAAGAGCUGUCAAGUAACCUUUUAAAUGUGCUGAGGCCAAACAACAGGAAGCGGGAGCUGAAAGCAAUUGCUUAUGACGUGCCCAGGUUGUUGUAAUGAUGCCUGGAAUGUAGAGAGAUGUCCCGACUAGGUCCUUCACCAAGAUCAGCUUGCAGGGUUUCAAAAUAAUAGAGAAAUGUGUGAGCAGGAAGGGAUACAAUCCACUGCCAGUACCGAGGGAGGGCAAGUGAAGACUUUGCAUUUCCCUGGGGCACUGAGCAAGCUGGGUCUGUCCGUCCCCCUGACACACACACAUGAACAGAAGGGAGGGAGCUGAGCAUCAGUGGAUGUUCUUUCCAAUCAUCCCUUUUGUUUUGCAGAAAGAAAGAUCUUGGCGAUUUUGCACUAGAACAAGUGACAUUUGAUUAUCAUUUGUUAUUAACAACUGGGCAAAGCAAUCACCACAAUAGCUCAAGCUCCUUGGAAUUCAAGGCAUUUGCAUUUUGUUUAGGGCUUGCAGAAAAGAACCAGAUUUUGCAAAAUAUCUGAGCAGCGCUGCAUUCUUCUCCCUCCCUCCACCCCCGGAAGAAAUGGAUCAUUUUAUGGAGGAAAGAUUGUGUCUGUUUUCCCAUCUUGAAGGAAAUGGUCUUGUGUCCGAGCCAAAUCCACGAUAUUUUUCCAAAUUGGACAUUUCAGUUCUCAACACUGUAGCCCCAAUCCUGCAAACCCUGACAUACACAAUUAGUGUUACUCACGUGAGUAGUCCCGGUGAUUUCAAUGGAACUGCUCCAGUGCAUAAAGUUAAGCACGUGCACAAGGGUAUGCAGGUUUGUUUGGACAAUAAACCAUUUCACCCUCCAAGGCCUGAUCCUGCAAACAGACUUUACAAAGGAACAUAGGCAUAACCAGACUGGAUUAGAUUCCAAGCCCAUCUAGCCCAGUAUCCUGCCUCUGACAAUAACUAGCACUAGAUGCACCAGAGGAAGGUGUAUAAGAAGCCUGCAUUAGGUAGAUCUGAGACAAUCUGUCCCGCACACUAGGUCUUCUCCUAAAUCCUUAUAGGAGUAGAUUGGUUUAAGCCCUGAAGCAUGAGAUCUAAUAUUGGUCCCAAAAUUUUUGUUAGCAUUAACUGUUUUAAUUCCGGCUAUUUUUGUUUUCUGCACAAAUGUACACUCCUUUUUUCAGUGUUACUAAGCUCUAGACGUCAAUGACAUCCUGUGGUAGGGUGUGUCAGUCUGAUUAUGCACUGCAUGAAAAAAAGAUUUCCUUUGAUCAGGUUUGAAUUUUGCCACCUUUUAAUUUCAUUGACCAUCCCUGGUUUUUGUGUUAUGAGACAGGGAGAACAGAAGCUCUCCAUCUCCCUUCUCUACACCAGUCUUUAUUAUCUGCUUUUAUCAUGCCCCUUCUUAUGCAUUUCCUUCCAAAGGUAAAUAUUACACAUGUGAAUCAUCCCAUUGAAACUCACCUGUGUAAAAUUAAGCCCUUGGGAAACGAUUUGCAGGACUGGGAACAAAGUAUGUAAAUUUUCAUGGGGAAAAUGGGCAUAUAUGUGGGUGAGGCAGACAUUUCUCAUUGCCAAAAUGGCCCAGGAUGAAAUGUGAAUAGCUUGUUUUUUUGGGGGGGG